AGUUCGGCCAGUCGGUAGAGCAGCGUGUUGUGGUUUCAACUUAGUGAUUUCAGAGUGAAUAUGCGUGUUUCUUCAAUUAACUUGUAUUAAUUAAUCAUAUGUGAACAAAUAUUUGUGGUCAGUGCUUUUGAUUUUACUUACACUUUGAAUCCUCAUCAAGAAUAAUUAUAUAGAUUAUGGAUCUUUUAUUAGUGAAUUUAAUCAAUUAUUUCUGAUAAGGAUAUUUCACGGAUUUCAACAAGUUAUAUAUUUUGCCUGUUCGAUUCGUUACAUGGAUUCCGACGUUCUGCAAUGGAUGUAUUGUCGUAGUUAAAGGAGAAGUUUCAAAGCCAUGACCAUAUUACUGCGCAGUCGCAGUAGCAUGGUGUACUUUUUCGGUGGUGACGCCUCACACAGCAGCGCCGGGUAGCGUCGUGGUGAUGAGGCGUCACGGCGCUUCUCACGACGCCAACCCAGGUUCUUUCUACGUGCCCAGCCCUCCACAGCAACAACCACAGCAGCAUAGUCCAAUGACUUCCCAACAAGACUGUGAUGGGGGGAACAACAAGCCGAAGAAGAGUUGGGGAGACCGUCUGAAGCUGAGUAAGAGCGAGAAGGGUCGGGAACAGCAGCUACACCCUGGCGAAGGCAGCCUGAUGCAGGAAUACCGUAACAAAUACGGUACCCUGUCCUCGGGAAGCGCUCUUUCCAAAUCAAUGAAAUACGCCGAAACCUGGCUGUACGGUUCCAUGGCAGUGCGUUCGCCAACCAACGGCUCGACCCCUCGCCCCAGUCUGUUCCUGUAUCAUUCGCCUCCGCCUGUAGCAGUCGUUCCCGCCACUCAGGCCGUGAUGAUUCCUCCAGCGGCGAAUUACGCCGUUGUGAUGUGCUCUUGCCCGGAGUUUUUGAAAGGAACUGCAAGAAGUAAGAAGAGUUACUCGGCGGCGUGUAAGAAGUGCGGUGGUUCCAGGUUGUUGUGGAACGUCAGUAGGGGUGGAGGGACCGUCAGGACAGUUGGGCGUAGUGUCGUAACCUCAGAGAAUACUAUCAAGGGCGUGGGAGGCACUUUAAGACUGGGAGGUGGAAGCAGUGGACAUAACCGUGUCAGACCUUCUUUAUUGAACCUCACACCAGCCCCUCAAUCGACACAAAAUCCAAACUGUUCUUCUCAGCCACUGAAUGCGGUCGUACCUGAUCCCUAUGACCUGAUGAGAAGGAACCGACUUGGAGGUGUGAACUGUAACGAGAGGCACUCGAGUUUCGGCCCUCAGGACACCUUGCGGGUUAGAGCUAAAAGCACUUCCCCCUGUCGAAGAAGCGUCCGUCGUAGCCCGUCACCCCCAGUGACCCGAAGUGCGUUAGAUGACGCACGUCCUGAGAAUGGCAUACUGGCAUUUCGAAGGGACCUGGCGUGGGAACUUGAAUGCUCGAACUGGAACUCCGUUAUAGAAUCUCAGGAAAAUACAAAGCGGAAGUCAAUUUUGGAGUGUGACGUAAACGCAUAUGAACUGAUAGCAAAGUAUUUAAAACAUGGAAACAGAUCUCCUGAAGGAAAUGGUGAUAAGAGCGGUAAGAUGGAGCAGUACUGCAGGCGUGAUGAUGAUGAUGAUGUGCUCGAUGAUGAACUAAGCGAUGAUUUAAGUGACAAUGCUCUGGAGAAUUCUUCUUCCGGAAUACAUGUCACCGCAGGAGCCCGCGUACAAGACACAGUGUCUGUCCGUUCUAAGACUGAUCCCAAUAGCAGGACCCAAGGUAAAAAAAAUGUAAAGCCAACAACUGUACAGCUUUUAAAUAGAACAUCCUGUAUCGAGAAACAUCAGAGUUCAUCCACAUCGGUUCCAUCAAGGGUCAGUGGGGUGACUCUAGGAGGACAGAGAAUUCGUAUAUUUAACGAACCUCAGUCCGUGCCGUCCCUUGAAGAUGAUGACACAAAUGUCAAAAGUGGCGAAACUACAAGUUCAGAUUUUCUUGGAUAUAACGGAGCGGCUUCCGGGGGCCGUCGGAAUGACGAGAUUGACACAGAGCCCUCUCGACAGCAGGAGAGGCUCCCCACAUCAUCGUCACUUAUUCCUCGCCUCACUUCACCGCGACGACCCCCUAGGAAGACGAAGAUGUGUUCAGAGUCUUCAAGUAGCUUCGGCAGUAACAGUGAUGUUGUGGUGAAAGAAAAUGGAGGGAGUGAAAACGAGAGUGUAGGGGCCAGCAACACGAAGACCGCUGGAACCUCCAGUUCCUCGCAAGCGAAGGAUGGUAAACCCUCGUCCGCAUCGGAAGGCGUAUGCAUAAUUAAGUCGAUUUUAAAGAAACCUUCUGCUCUAUCGCCUGGAGAGAUUUCAAGCUGUUUGAAGACUUUCGGUGACACGGAUUCCAAACCGGAUUGCUCUGUAUCGUGGCCCGCUGUUAUUUCUGCAUCGUCAGGCGAACGGCACUCACCUUCACCUGAAGCUGCAAGUGCAGGUUCAAGCGACUUUUACUUGCCCACGUUUCAAGAAUUCAAGCAGCAAAACAGAAAGAAGAAGCAGGUGCAGUUUAAGGUCGCUAACGACGUUACCGUCUUACAACCAGCAGAGCAGGAAAGAAACGUCGACCAUCCUGUUACAACCCCUGGAAGAUAUUCCGUUUUGAACACAGCAGAUGUCACGUCUGAUCUGUUACCUGUUACAGAAGUCGAGAAUGAUGGCGUCAUAUCUUCAGAUAAAACUGAUUUAAAGGAUCGCGCUGAGAAGGAAGAAGUAGGAUGUGUGAAGGACGAAAUACGAAAUAAAUAUGUCAGAUUCGUGAAAAAGGAAGAAAAUCGAUCGGAUUUGAUCGACGAUAGAUCUGACAGUUCUGUUGAAAUCAGAGCCGCGAGUAAAUCAUCGAUUUGUGAUAAGGAAAAUCUUGAAAGCUUCGUCAGUGAUAGUGUUGAAAGGUGUGGCACAAAGCGGGAGAAUAAUAACACUGACAGUGUUGAAUGUGCUAAGGUGCUGAGGUGUUUUGGCGACGGCGAUGUGGCUGCAUCGCUGGAUGAUGCGGGCGGAAGUGUGGCUGCUGCUGAUGAUGUUACGAGUCCACCUGGCGGCACAGCUGCGAAUAUUUCUGCUAAAGAUGUGCUGAAGGAACAGCCACGUCGGAGUGACGCGACGGUGGUAACACUUAGACGUAGCCAGAGUGAACGUCUGUUGACCACAGACAGCGACGACCCCAAGCGCCACGAGGACCAGCUUCAGGCUGACCGAACUUCCGUUCUGUUUAAUGACACUAUGCGGCUACGUCUGAGGCCGGGACGCCCUGAUAUUCGCCAGGUGUUCAGCGACCCAGGAGCUCCAGGCACGUACACCAGCAGCGGCUCAGGAGUAGACGCAUCCAGACGGCCACAGCGCAUGCUAAGCCCUGGAAGACCACGUCCCAAACAACCGCCACCACCCCCUCCACCUCCAUCAUCAACCCCUAUUCCAGAAAACGAGCAAUCCCUUCCAGAACUUCCACCGAGACAAAUCUUUCCUUUCACCAAGAAACAAAUAGAGCAGAUGAAUCAACAAGCUCGCCAGUUUUCGGUUAAGUCUAAUUCAAAACAGAAAAUAGUAUCCUCAUUUCCCAGAGUCAAUGAGAAGAUGUUUGAUUCAGAAGCAUCGGCGUCGUCAAAUAUUCGGCCGGUGUCUUGGUCACCACUCGCAACUUCGACACCCCCGUGCACUGGUGACACUGUCGAAGACGUAACGAAAAAAAAGGAGCAUCGACACAGUGACCCCGGCCCAGUUAUCCCAAAACUUGUGGUACACGUUGAAAAUUCUCCGGAGGGUCAAACACCGGUAGCCAAAACAUAUGCUGAAUCAAAAACCAAAACCUUCCAUCUGCAAGAAGCAGCAAGGCAGCAUCCGGAAGAUCCUCCGGGUAACCUCACGUCAAGAAUAGGAGAUCUAAAUGAAGAUAAAAUAUGCACCAUUGUCACCGUAUCAACCCCAGGCACUCCGUCGGCAGAUGUGCAUCGUCUGCAAAUAAAGGGAGAACACCUCGUCACAGACAUGAACUCAGGACCAAAAAAGCGGACCUCCAUUCGCAUAAACAGCGAUGAUUCCACUGAAGACAUCAAACGCCUUGGAUUUAUCCCCGUUGGGAACUCUUCUGUGACUUCUCUUGUGGUCCAAGAAGACGCUCUUACCACGUCUUCUGUUAAAAAGGACAGUAGCAAUAAAGUUACUAUCAGUGUUGGUGGUGCGGAAGUAAAGAACCGAAAUACCGAUAAUAGAAUUUUAAGUUCCUUGUGUACAGUUAUUGACACUUCUCCUUGUUCGACGUUGAAUUCAAAUAACAUUUAUAAAGGAAGUAGUUGUAGUUCCUUGACAGUGCUUUCGUCAAACCAGGUUAACGUGAUUCCAGUGUCUCCAGAUCACCAGGUGCAAAGAACAUUAUUGGUAGUGGAUGAUCACGACAACGGCGAGAGAAGCAGAGACACGAUGUUGCGAUGUUGGAAUGGUGAUUCCCCUACUUCAUCCAGCAGUGACAGUGACAUCACAGUAACAGUUGGUGGGAGUGUUGAAGAGAAUGUUCAGCACGUCCAGAAAUCAGAUUCUAAUGUUAUUUUGCAGCCCAGAUCUCGAGGAAUCGAUUUCUCAUCGACUUUGUCUGUUUCAGAUGAUAUCGAUAUUCUUUUGAAUCCAGUUGAGGCUGUCAAAAGGAAUCUUGUUCCACAUGUUUGUGGAAGGAAGAUCUUGGCGCCCGGAGGUGAAAGUGUGGACAAGACAUCUUCUCCGACGGUUAGACUCGAUAAGUUAAUAGAAUUACAGGAAGAUAUAAACGAUAAUGAACGGGAAGCAUUAAAAGAAGGAGAUUAUUUCAUAUCUGCUGCGGCAUCCAAAUUAAUGGAUCUGACUACAAAUGAGGAUAGCCCUUUGUAUUCAAAUGUAUCAGCUACAGUUUCAAGGAGCUCGGAAGACACAUUGCCAACAGUUAUAGAACAGGAAGAAGAAGAUGAUGUAUUCCAGACAGAGUCAUUUUCAUCAAAUAAAGCACAUGGACGCCUGAAACCUUUUGACGGUUUGGAUACUGAAGAAUGCAAGGCGGAAGAUAAAAGUAUCAGUGGUGAGUCCAGCGGGUUCGACACAGCUCCGUCGUCUAUUGAACCAGAGAAUGGAGGAGUUGCACUUCCAGAAGACGGCAGUGAUUCAGUCUCUCAUUCUCAAUUAUCUAUUUGUCUUCCUGCCAAAGACUCUGAUGAUCCUGUAACGGAGAAAGAUGAUAAGAAAGUCGAAGUAGAGUUACGGGUCAAGACCGAAUCCUGUGACGAAUCAAAUUCUGAAGCAGAUGAUGAGAAUAUUUAUGAGAUUAUCAAAGAUCCGAUAUACGAAGAGAUACCUGACACACCUCCCCCUUUACCGAUGUCACCCCCGCCGUCACUUGAUGACCUUGAGGAAAGCAAGAGAGGUUCAAGGUCGAUCUUCGAAGGGGCCUCAAAAUACGAUAUUCUUAACUAUCUAGUAGGCGCGAAAGAACGUGGGAUAGUGCCUGAAGAAAUGUAUUACAGCGGAAGUGUUAAUGGAGAUGAGGUUGUUGGGAUAAUUGAUGGGAAGCAGAUACAAGACGAGGAUGGCGGAGGGCAGUCUCACAAAAGGAUGACGUCGUUGGAUCUCGGUGAUCUGAGCAGCAGGGUCAGCCACUUGAGCAACGCUAGCGAUUCUAGUGAGGAUAGCUGCAACCUCACAAUUUCCAACAUCGGGGAUGUCCCUUCGUCUCCGAACAAGGCCCGCAAGAGUUCUGCAGAAAUCGAAAGAAAUGACUCGGGAGUGGGUUCGGAAACGAGCAAAUCCAGCCGCAGUAGAUGGCUGCACUGUGGUCCAGCUGGCAGCAUCCUGGAAGACCAACAGCAUCUGUGCGAAGACUGCGACCAACCCGUCGAGACGCAGGUCACUGACAGCGGUGUGAUGUUUGCACCCCUGGUGUGCCGGAAGUGCGGAAAGAAGCGAGCGGAACGGAAGGAAAUAAUCGCAGAGAUCGUCGAGACUGAGGAAAAGUAUGGCCGAGACCUGCAGAUCAUCAUGGAGGAGUUUUACCGACCGAUGCUCGUGGCUGGCUUGCUGACUCCCGAACAGCUGGCUGCCAUAUUCCUGAACGUGGAGGAACUCCUGGAACACAACGCCGCCCUGGCGGAGAAACUGCGAGACAACAUGGAGAUCGCGCUGGAGCAGGGAGACGAAGACUUGCUGACCGUCAACAUCGGGAAACUGUUCCUGGAGGCAUCUCCCAUGCUUCAUGCCUUCGAGUCUUACUGUAUACGACAGGGUGCUGCAUCUCUGCUCCUUGCGAAUCUGGAGAAAGAAAAAGAACUGCUACGUAUCUUCCUCAGGGUAUCGCAGAUGGAGAACGCCGUCCUGAGACGCAUGAACCUCAACUCCUUCCUCAUGGUACCAGUGCAGAGAGUCACCAAGUACCCGCUGCUGUUGGCACGCCUGCACAAAGUGACCCCAGCUCACCACGAGAGUCGAGAACAUCUACGACAGUCGCAGCACAAGAUCGAACUUCAUCUCGAACACAUGAACUCGGAAGCAAAGGACAUAAGUACGACAAAACUGUGGCGGCGGAUAUCCAUUAUGAAUGGGAGGAGGUCCAGUAGCGAAACAGAUAUGUUGAGCAUCAAACUCAGGAAGAUGGCUCUGGACAUUCUAGAGUGGAACCAUGAUGAAGUAAGGUUUGCUAUGGAAGGAAAACUGCUGUUCACGAAUCCAGCGGACAGUAACUGGAGGAAGGGGAGGACCAUCAAGCUUAAUACAAUCAAUGCCUUGCUGGUAACAAAUGGAAAGCCUACCGAAGACUACCGGCCAGAUCCAUCGGAGGACGCGCUCACGUUUCCGAGGAAGACCGGAGUGCGAGAGGCGACCCUGCUGCUUCUCAAAGAGAAGUGUGGACGCUACGCACAGCUCAGGGAACCUUUGUACCUUGACAAGUGUAUAGUCUGUGCAGAAUCAGACUGGGAAGAUUAUUUUGAAGUCCAGGAGCUGGCUUCAAAGGACACAUUUAUUUUUAAGGCUGAGGAUGUAGACCGAACCAAGUUGUGGUACAGACAGCUGCAGUACCAUGCACAAGGAAUGGGUGCCUGGAGAAGACGCCGCAACGCAUUGGCCAACAUAAUGAUUAAUGGGAUGCAAACCAGGAACUAACAUGACCCCAGCCUGUGAUAGUGUGAAUGUGAAUGUUUCAUUUAUUUAAUAAAUAUUAGCAUUAUGACAAAUAUUUUGCAAUAUAGUAAUGUACAAAUUGUUGUAAAAUAUUAUAAAUAUAAUAUACAUUACUUGUCUUAAGAUUAAAUACACAGAGAAAUGUAUAGUCACACUUGUUAAUAUCAAGUGAAAUCCUCACGAUUCUGUGGUUACUAGUACCUUAAAAUUUAUUUACUGUUUCAGAGAGAUUAAAUUUGAACACACUGGCCUUAGCUUCAAAUUUGGAAUAAAUUGGCAGUAUUAUUACA